UUUUGGUCUGAGAAAAGAAGCGAGUUGAAUGAUUUUUCCUUCAAACUCCAUAAAUAAAACCAGAGCCCAAUCUCAAAAAAAAUCUCCAUCUCCAUCGCCAUUCUCCAUUUCCUUCCUUAACCUCUCCACCGCCGUCCAUGGCUCCAGCCCCUUCCGCCGGCGCUGCGGCGGCCACCAUCUUCCUCUGCUUCCUCCUCACCUCCGGCUCCGCCCUCGUCGCGGCGGAGCGCCACCAUUUCUCCACUGUCCUGUCCCCGGCAAAUCUCGGCCUCCGGCGCCGGGAGAAGCUCAGCCACCUCCACUUCUACUUCCACGACAUCCUCGCCGGCCGGAACCCCACGGCGGUGCGGGUGGUGGAGCCGCCGCCGUCGAACGCCUCGCGGACUCUGUUCGGCGCGGUGGUGAUGACGGACGAUCCGCUGACGGAGCGGCCGGAAAUCGGGUCGAAAUUGCUCGGAAGAGCUCAGGGAAUGUACGCCUCCGCCUCGCAAACCGAAUUUGGGUUUCUGAUGGUUAUGAAUUUCGCGUUCGUGGAAGGGAAGUACAAUGGGAGUUAUCUGAGCAUUUUGGGGCGGAAUACGGUGAUGUCCGCCGUGAGGGAGAUGCCGGUAGUCGGCGGCGGCGGGUUGUUCCGAUUCGCACGUGGGUACGCUCAGGCAAGGACUCACACGGUGGAUUUCGCCACCGGCGACGCCGUCGUGGAGUAUAACGUCUAUGUCUUCCAUUAUUGAAGAAGAAUUUCUUGUCGUCUUUUUUCUUAGGGUUCCGUCUCUUCUCUGCUCUGGCUUUGAAGAAAAUUUGAGAGUUUAAAAUAAUAAAUAAUAUAUUUAUCAA